CACGCAUGCGCAUUGAAAGCCUUGAAUUGGAGAGGCUAGUGAAAGUUGGUUCCUUGUGUUUAGCUAAUGUGUAUGUCCGUUUGAGAUCUACUUUGGAAAUAUGGCUGCUCGAUACGAUAGAGCUAUCACUGUCUUCUCUCCUGAUGGACAUCUGUUUCAAGUAGAAUAUGCUCAAGAAGCAGUAAAGAAGGGUUCUACAGCUGUUGGAAUCCGUGGGAAAGACAUUGUUGUGCUAGGUGUAGAGAAGAAGUCUGUGGCAAAGCUGCAGGAAGAGAGAACUGUUAGGAAGAUCUGUGCCCUUGAUGAACACGUUUGUAUGGCCUUUGCAGGUCUCACGGCUGAUGCAAGGAUCGUCAUUAACAGAGCAAGGGUAGAGUGCCAAAGCCACAGACUUACAGUGGAGGACCCUGUUACUGUAGAAUACAUCACUCGAUACAUUGCAACCCUUAAACAGCGUUACACACAAAGCAAUGGACGGCGUCCCUUUGGCAUCUCUGCCUUGAUUGUGGGUUUUGACUAUGAUGGGACUCCACGGCUGUAUCAGACAGACCCUUCAGGAACAUACCACGCAUGGAAGGCAAAUGCAAUUGGGCGCAGUGCUAAGACUGUGAGGGAGUUUCUGGAAAAGAACUACACAGAUGAAGCCAUUGCUAGUGACAAUGAUGCCAUCAAACUGGCUAUUAAAGCCCUGCUAGAGGUUGUCCAGUCUGGUGGAAAGAACAUUGAGCUGGCUGUGAUCAGGAGAAACCAGCCCCUCAAGAUUCUGGAGUCCAAGGAGAUCGAGACUCUGGUUGCUGAAAUUGAGAAAGAGAAAGAGGAGGAAGCUGAGAAGAAGAAGCAGAAGAAAUCCUCAUAGGUUCUAAGCACGCUCUCACUAAGUCCUUUACGCUGUUCUGUUUUGUUUAUAUGGGCAGAAGCACUUGGCUCAGACCCAGGCCUCCUUUCCCACCCUCUGUUAGUUAGGAGCACAUCUCUAUUUCCUAUGAACCUCACUUAGAGUAUUUCAUCAAGUUCAACUUUAAAUGCAAUAUUUAAUCACUGAUUUUUUUUGACAAGCCCUUUUUUAAAAAUGUUCUUCCUCAAAUGUUUCCUGUGUAUGUAAAGCAUGUUUUUGGAGGACUCAACAAUGGAAUUGGAUAUAAUGCAGUGACUACAGCAUGGAAAGCAUUCCCCCUUUUUUAAAAACCUGGUUAGAUGCACUGUCUCUACUGCAGUAGAGGAUUUUGUGAGGAUGUGCUCAAACUGACAUACGGAAAUAAAGUAUUGUUGUUUGUA